AUGAUGGAGGUGCCCAAGACGAAGCUGCUUUCUGAUCCUUAUUUUUUAAGACGACGAUCUUCACCCAGCCGACAAGAGCUCAAAGCCGGGUACAUAGAUUAUCGUAGAUCUCCCCCUCUGGCCAGGCCUCUGGGGUCAACAGAGACACAGGAAAAGGCGCGGCAAAAACGCCAAGGCCAAGAGAUCCUGGAAAUCGCUCAGACGAGAACUGGAUUGGCUGGCAUGGAUUGUCUAAUUUAUAAGGGUGCAGGAACGAUUCAGGGGGCCAAGAGCCCUAAAGUGAUACCGGAGCUGGCACAACAAAUAAAGAAAUUCUUCACAAACAAAUCGACGGAGAAUCUCUCGAUCAAGGCCAGUUUGCCGCCAGCCACAUACAUAAAGCUGGAAGGCCCGGGCGAGCCAAGAAGAGGCGCUAUUAUUCAAUUAGGAGGCUAUGAACCUGUGGAUUGGAUAGCUGAUUUUUCUGGGAGGGAAAAUUACUGCAUGGGUGACACUGACAAGGUCUACUUAUUCGCGAGCUUUCCCUGUGCACCUAAACGAGCCAAGCCGAGGGAGAUAAGGUCGACGGGAAGAACGUCAAACGCAGAAUGGAGCGCAGAUGGACGACGUGAUAUGAAUGGUGUUGGUGAAGCCGAGAGAGCCUGGAUGUUGGCUCAAGCUUUUAAUUGGGCCUUGGGUGAUCUGGAUUCUACAAUUCCUGUCAGCGGGUCCAACAAGCAGGCUAAAGUGGGAUUUUAG